AUGGACGCGCACGUCGCCAGCCUUGAGCAGUUGCUGAAGAAGCCCCUCGCCUCGAGCGACCAGAAGACCAAGGAGUUCAACCAGCUCAAGAGCAAUAUCAAACACUAUCGAGUGCCCGAGACCGCGAUCGUCACCAUCUUCGAAUGCAUCAAGCUCGCCAUCACGCAGCAGGCCUCUUCGACACUCGCCAGCACCGCCUUCUCCACUCUCGGUCAUCUCAUCAAGCGCCUCAAGAUCCAAGAUGCGUCAGGCCACGCCAUCGUCCAGCUUGCGCCGAGGCUCUUUCCCGCGCUCCACGAACGACUGUGCGACCUCCGUGAACCAGUGCGCACUGCCGCAUCGCAGGCGCUCAUGGAUGUCUAUCCGUUCGCCAGCAGCGACGUGGAGCAUAUGAUCCGUGAGCAAACGAUCGGCAGCUCCAAUGUGCGCGCAAAAGAGACGGGAAUACGAUGGGUGUUGAGGAUGCACAAAGAAGAGAACAUGCCUUUCAAAGCCUACGUCUCGCCCAUUGUUGCCAGACUCGAGGAUGCGAGCGCCGACGUUCGGGAGGCGGCAAAGUCGGUCUUGAUCGAGCUUUUCACUACUGCCCCUGAGAGAGCGAAAGUGGAUUUGAAGAAACAACUGAAGGCACAUUCUGUGAGGCAUUCCAUUGCCAGCCAAAUUCUCGCGCAGAUUGGUGCUGAAGGCUCGGGAUUGUCGAGACCACAGACAGCUGACAGACCGGAACCCUCACCGGGACUUACGGGCUCGACACGUUCGCUGCCGACAGUCGAUCAUAUCGCACAUCUCGCGGAUGCAAUUAACAGCGAGGCGGCGCAACCACCACCAUCCGAGACUGUUCCAAUGGAUCCUAUCUACAUCGACUCGCAGAGGGAGAUGGACGACACAUUCCAUGACAUGCUGCCGCAUUUCGAAGGCAAAGAGACGGAGCAGAAUUGGGUGCCCAGAGACAAGUCGAUAACAAAAUUGAGACGGAUAGUCAAAGGCAACGCGCCCAACGAGUUUCACCAGGCGUUCAUGGCUGGCCUGAAGAGUAUGGUAGAAGGGAUCAUUAAAGUAUCCACUUCGCUACGCACAACCAUGGCUUCAAACGGCUGUCAGCUUGUUCAGGAGCUCGCAAAGACUCUCGGACCAGCCAUGGAUCACCACGUUGAGAUGUUUCUGCAGACAUUCAUCAAGAUGAGCGCCGCGACGAAGCACAUUGCUGCAGAGAACGGCCGCAUGACAGCCGAUGCGAUCUUCCAGAACUGCACGUACCAUGUUCGCAUGAUGCAGCACAUUGAAAUGACGCUCUUGGAAAAAAACAAGCAGCAGCGCCAGUCCUCACCAGGGUGGUUGGGUACCAUAUUGAAGCGGCAGUCCGGCUACAAGCAGAACUUCUCAAACUCCGGAGGCCUUGAGAUAGCAGAGAGGUGUAUCAAGAAAGGUCUAGAUGACGCCGAUCCCAAGGUCAAAGAACGUUAUCGCGCGACUUACUGGACUUUUGCGAAGAGCUGGCCAGAGAGAGCGGAGGCGAUUAUAUCCAAGCUCGACCCGAAAGCGCGGACAGCUCUUGAGAAGGACUCAAACAACCCGAACGCUCAUCUCCAUGUCUCUCAGACCGUGACAGCUACGAAAUCGAGGGCUGCUGGUACGGCAAGUCGUGCUCUGAAAGAUCGAAUAGCGGAAGGGAGGAAAAAUGCGGGCGCUCUUCCUUCCAGGCCUAACUCUGCCAUGGCUGAUCUCUCACCUGCGAAAGCGAGACCAUUUGCAACCUCUGGUGGCUCCAGCUCGACACGCGGCCCGUCAAAUCUGUCAAAAGUGCAUAACCGGAAUGUGUCGAACGCUUCGAAUACUCCAGCGUUUCCAGAAGCUUCAUCGUCGUCUGGUCCUGCGAAGAAGGGUAGUUCCCUUAUGUCUGGACCAGUUCGACGGCCACGGCGACCGGAGAUUCAACGACCUCAGACGGCGGACCCCUAUGCGUCAAGACGUAUGCUUCGUCCCGAGACACCCGCAAACGAAACGCCGGCCGGUAGCCCUGGGAGAGGCACUGGUGCUUCAAAAGCAUCUCUGGCCUCCUCUGUGGCUGGUAGAAAUGCCUCGAGGGCACCUGGAAGCCCAGCUGGCAGUCCUGCUAAGCGCAGUCCAGUGCUAACGCGAGCUCGUCCUCAGGCGGAAACCGACUCCAGGCCUACUAGCAAAGGAAGCGUCACGACGAACGGCGAGAUGAGCGUUCGCGAGGACGACAUGACUUUGGUCAUGCCCAAGGGCGCGAUGACUACAGCACGCGGAGGGGCCUUCUCACCCGGCCACAAGCGUCCGGGCCUUGGCCAGACGAUGUCUGUUGACAGUGGAAUACCUGCGAUGGCUGGAGAAGAUGACGGCUUUACCAUGGUUAUUCCCAACUUUCCAAAUUCUUCUCAGCCCAGAACCCGCUCGCCGCUCGCCUACCGAAGCCCUAUGAAGGCGAUGUUUGAAGAUGCGCGGGAGAAAGUCGGAAAGCUGUCACCGGAAGUGGAAAAGCAUAUGCGUCCCACGCCUGAGCCUGAGCAGAACGGUGGUCCUGUCAAAGCUGUCACGCCGCAGCCUGAAGAGGUGCAAGUGUACGAAGACCCAUUCAUGGAAGACGCGGCCCAACCGGGGGCGGCGGAAGAACGCCCGGUGCUGGGCGAGCUUCCUAUCAACGAGAACGUACGACUCAAUAGUCCAACGCAGAGCGUCACGUCCAGCAACAGCCCUGCAGGCAGCCCUUGCAACCAAAUUGAUCCACAGAUCCCGGCCAUCUCGACACCUCAAGACCGCUCGGAAGCAAUGCGCAAUAAGAAGCUCUUGCUCUCUGGUAUCGAGCGCAUCCGGACCAAAACUCUUGAUGCGCAUGGGUUUCGAAAAAUCCAGGAUGUGGUGAAGUCUAAGUCUGACAUUUGGGAGGGUGGCAAGAAGUACGAUGAGCUCAUGUCCAACGUGCUGGAGUAUUUGCAGACCUUUGAUCAAGACCCGAAACUCAAUCAGCAACCGACGAAGGCCACUGGUCUAAAGGCCCAAGCGCUGGGACUUGUCCGUGCACUGCUUACAAUCCAUCGUAAGAAUGCGCUGGCGUGGCAUGCCAAGGCACUUGUCACGGUCCUCGUCUGCCGAAAGAACAUCGACCCAAGCAGCCAUAUCCUCGCGGACUUGCAACGCACAGCAGACGACAUUGUUCAGGAAUCAUCGCCGCAAGGAUGCAUCGAUGCUGUGAUUGACGCUUUGCCAGCUCCGGAUCAGGAUGCGAUGCUCUCCAUCCCUAUGACUCUCCAAACCCUUGGACAAUUCGUAUCAAGUUCUCGAUCCAAAGGUCUGGAUUUGAAAGACCAGCGCGAUCGACUGGCCGGGACUGUCGACCGAUACCUCAACGACUCCGAGCCCGAGAUCCGCAAGGUCGCCACUGACCUUGGGAGCGAGCUGUUCACGCUCUUCGGACCGGAGGAGAAGGCUGAAUUCUGGAAGACUUUCCAGGGUGCUGAUGAGGGACGUCUGGGGCUGUUGACCUAUUACAUCGCCAAGAGGGAACAGGCAGUAUGA